AUGCCAACACCGACUGCGCUCAAGCAGCAGAAGCUGCUGGCCGAGAAGGCGAUGCUCGAGCGCUCAUUGCAGCUCAUUGAGUCCGGCACGCACGAGGACUUCAUCGCGCGCCUAUCGCCGCUCGUUCAGGACAAGCAGCGCAUCCUUGCGUUUGGCGAGACGCGCACGGCCCACUUGGCGGCGAGCGCGGACGUCAUCUUCACGUACGAGAGCGAAGAGGCCGAGAAGGAGUACGUCGCAGCCUGCGCAAAGCUCAAGCACGACAUGCUUGAGGAGAUUCGGCUCGAGAUGAACCGCGCCGUGGCCCAACGCGCCCAUGGCGCCGGGUCGCACUCGUACAACAAAGCGUCCAUGGCCUACAACCGCCAAGCGUCUCGAAGACACACACGUAGCCGCAAGAAGCCUCACGCAGCAUUUUCGCUGGGCGACGACUGGAGCAACUCGCGCUCGAAGCGGCCAGCCACGGUCUUUACACCGCUCGCCAAGAUGCUGAGCUCGACCGAGAUUGGUGGCGACCUUCGCCUCCUCGAGGAGGCGGCCGAUGCGUUUGCCUCUGCUACGAUUGCCAAGGCGCGCAAGGGCAACGACGACGACGGGAACCCGAUCUUUGCUCGCUUUGAGAAGGGCAAGAUGCUGUACAAGGACUGGAUUCUCCAGGAAGGCGACGAGAUUCACAUCACAAAGCCGUCGAGCGCAAGCUACUUUGCGAUCAUUUGCGACUUGACAUCGGCCGAAAUCUUUGUCCUCAAGGAAAGCGGCAAGUACAGCCGCGUGCUGGUGCAGGACUUGCGCUCGGGCUUUGUCUCGGUCGAGCCCGCUGACGCCGACGAGGCAGCCAAUCUUGCAGGCCACGACGACGACGAGUAG